AUGGGCGAGGGGCUGUUUAGCGAAUGCGCGAUCGCGUUCGUGCCAAGCAGCUCACUGACACCAAAAUCCAUAAGCGAGCUUACAGCCAUUCUCGAGGACAAUGGCGCAGAGGUUCUCGAGCCGCGCCGCAACGGCACCAUCGCAAUAGACAAGGCUACGCAUGUCGUAUCUAAUACAAUCGACUUCCAGCAGUACACCGAGACACAGGCCUUCAUGAUACCCGUCGUGACAACGCACUGGAUCACGGCUUCAGUCGCCAAGCGGCGCGUCGCGCAGGCGCGGCCUUUCUCACCAGACCCGCGCCUCAUCUUCGCCGAGGUAGUAGUGACAUGUGCGGACCUACCCGCGACGGACAAGGAGAGCAUUCUUGGCGCAGUCAUGGCCCUUGGAGGUCAGGAGAGCAAGGAUGCGACCCGGAUCACAACGCAUGUAUGCGCCCUCUCUAUGGACCAUCCCAAGGUUCAGGUACCUCUCUCCAAGGGAUGGAAGGGCAAGGUCGUCCUGCCGCACUGGUUUGACGACUGCUUCAAGCUCGGCAAGCGAAUCGACGAGACUCCGUACCUGCUACCCGACGUGGAGAUUCUGAAAAAGGCUCCAGAGGACGCGCUCGAUAUCCCCGUUAACGACAAUCUGGAUGGCGCCACGUCUCCCAACCCACAGUGGCUGCCGUUGCCCCCUGAUGACGACGUGGCGCGACCGCCGUGCACUGUCUUCCAGCAACGAAAGGUGCUGCUCGGCUCGGACCUCAGCAUCACACCACGACUUGCCAAAACAAUUGGUAGCAUUAUCGUCCACGGUGGCGGGAGGAUGGUCGAUACAGUGGACGCGUGCGACAUGUAUAUUGGACAGUACCGCGACGGCGAGCAGUAUGUCCGCGCCGCACAGUCCUGCAAAGACGUCGGCAACUUAUCGUGGCUUUACUACCUGAUUGUGCAAAACUCGUGGACCUCGUCCAUGCGACGUCUGCUGCACUAUCCCGUACCACGAGACGGCAUCGAGGGCUUCCGCGAUCUCCGGAUCACCGUCUCCAACUACGGCGGCGAGACGCGCAUUUACCUGGAGAACCUUGUCAAGGCCUGCGGCGCCGAGUUCACCAAGACGAUGAAGGCGGACAACACGCACCUUAUCACGGCGCGCGACUCAAGCCCAAAGGUCAAGGCGGCGCCAGAAUGGGGCGUGGCCGUCGUCAACCACCUAUGGAUUGAGGAGAGCUACGCCAAGUGCCAGAUGAAACCCAUCAACAUACCCAAGUACAACCACUUCCCACACCGCACGAAUCUAGGCGAGAUUAUCGGUCAAACAUUUCUAGACGAGAGCAGGCUGCGGGAGCUAUACUACCCAGGCGGCGAGGCCGAGAUGACGCGCAUUGCUAAGCGCAAGCGCAAGAUCCUGGAGGCGGCCGAGGACAAUGCCUACCGCGGUGGGCCUGCCGAUGGAGUGGUCGUUGCACAGACAGCGCGAGAUGUGGAUGAAGAUGUGCUCAUGGAGGACGCUGAGAAUUCGUCGCCGCAGAAGGCGGCCCCUAUGCCGGUCGAAACGCCGGUCCGGCCGCGCCACGUCCGGUCUGGAAAGGAAAAUGAUACGCCUUCGGUGGCGUCUACUGGUGGCCGCAGUGCCAAGGCCAAGGCCCGAGACAAGCUUCAAAGCAUUGCCCCCGAUAUUGCCCUGUACGAGAAGGAGAAGAAGCGCUCAGCAAAGGCGACGACCCCAUUCGGCGGCAAGCGGGCUACAGAUCUUGUCGAGAAGCAAAGAGUCGCCGAGGAGGAAGCACGGGAAAAGAAGGCAAAAGACAAGAGCAAGGACACGAUAAAGGAGGACGAGGUGGCAAAGCGACCAAGCAAGAAAGCGCGGCCAUCGUUGCCAGACGUUGAGAUGCGCAUAAUUCUCACUGGGUUUACGAGAUGGGUAGACGAUAAGAAUAAGGAGGACGCUGAUAGGCGAAAAUUGCGCGAUCUGGGUAUACAAAUCGUCCAGGAAGGACAGCCGUGCGAGUACCUGGCCGCGCCGCAUAUCGUGCGGACGGUCAAGUUUUUGUGCGCGCUGGCGCGCGGUCCCGAGGUCAUCUCGUCAACUUUCAUCGACGUGGCGCUCGAGACGGGCAAGCUACCACCUAUCAACAAAUACGCGCUCAAGGACAAGGAGGCGGAGAGCCGGUACAACUUCACGCUAGACAAGUCAGUCGGGCGGGCCAAGGCGAACCGCGGCCGACUACUGCAGGGUGUAGCAGUGUACUGCACCGAAGGCAUCAAGAAUGGGCCCAAGAACUACCAGGUCAUCGCCGAGGCGAACGGGGCCAUCUUCAAGAUUUACCGGGCGCGCAGCGGCACCACAAUCAAGCCGACGACAGCGGAGCAGGACGGGGGCGCGCCGCCGGACCCGGUGUACCUCCUGAGCGGCGCGAGUGCCGAGGAGAAGAGCAUGUGGCCUCGCUUCCGUGAGAUGGCGAUCAAGGGCCACAUGGAGCCGCGCAUUGUCGCGCCGGACUGGCUACUCGAUGUGGCCAUGGCGCAGCAAGUACGGUACGAUCCGAAGUUUGCCGUAGAGAAAUUCUGGCAGAGAGAGUAA